AUGAGAGUGAUUGAGAGGGACACCGACAGAAAGGCCCAAGUCAACAUUUUUGUCAAGUGUCAAGUUCAGGCGCUUGAAGAAUACGGAGAGUAUGUGGACCCAAGAGACAACGCGAUUUGCUGCUAUGUACCCAUCGAUGAGGGCCAUCAGCCUAAAGUGGGCGGCAGGUUCUCCGGCAAGACUCUGGCUGUAGCCUACGACACGUUCGUGGACGGGAUACUCCGUAAAGCCGGCUCGCAUGUGGCUAAGUCAGUGAUCCUACACAACCGGAAACUGGACACCGAAACCUUUCUAUGCAAGACCACCAAAGGCAUCAUCGAUACUGACAUUACUGUGACUCCACUCGAGCACGCUGUUACGAUUCAAAACGACGCCCCAGAGACCAUCGGCACCAUUGAGCUGCGACUGUACAUCACCCGCCAACUGGGAGACUGGCACGAAAUUGGCAAAGUAAAGAAGUACUACGCCCAUGAAAGUGAUAUGAAAGACAGGGAUACGGGCGGCAUCGAGCAGAAAGUAGGCUACAACCGCAUAGCUCCCAUUUUCAGGAUGUCCUUCGAAAAGGACACUACUCCACUGGAGGAUAAUCAACCGAAAACCUACCAGCGUAGGGCGGAUGCGAAACGCCCAGCUGAAAUUCUCGAGGAGAACAUGUCAAUGAGUUUUGACCCUGACGACAAAGAUAUAGGCGAAGCACAUACUCUAGUGCUGGAACCUCUUCCUCCUCUUACCAUUGGCGCAAAGCCCUUAUCGAAGAAUGACGAAGACGCCUCGUCGCGAUCGGAAUCGCCGAUGCUUCCCACCACGCCAGCAAAAAGCGCACAGCCGAUACCAAAGGCAAGAGAAACGAUAUCCUGCCCCAUCAAGAAACCUGGACCUCCACCAAAUCCCUCCGAGGCUACCACGAUGUCAUCCCCUAAAGAUCAAGCACAGACUGCGACCCCCGAAGCGCCUUCUGUACCGACGGCCGAUAUGACUGCGAAAGUACCCUGCCUUCCAGAAUCAAGCACCAAGCCCGCAAAUGCGCACGCAGAGAAAUCUGUAGCCGUAGCCAAGGCGACUACCAAAAAGCCUAUCAACACUACCGACGGUCAGAAGAAGUCAGAUACGCCCCCCGUGGCAGUCAUACCAGCCAAACGUUCAUCUACCACCACCAACGGUAUAACACCACCAGAGCCAAAGCGUACGAUGCCUACGCCUACGCCUAUGUUACCUAUCGCCCAGCCUGUAGUACCGCGCUCCUCCACACCUAAGACGCUUUCGAUCGAACGCCAGCUCGCAGACCAGCGAAAGAACCUCGAGGACAUGCGCAAGAGGCGUGCGGAGACCGCUACGAAGCAGGUAGAAAUCGAUGCGCAGAUGGGACCUUACAAGCAGCGUAUGGCGGAGGAGCUGGAUCGUCUCAACCGAGAGAUGCUGGAAGAGGAAAGCGCUUACACCGAGGAGGCUGAGCACUACAGCGCUAGCGUUGAGGUUCUGCAGGAGUUCAAGAAGGCGGAUGGUGGCAACUAG